ACGGACAGCAGCAGCCAAUGAGGUGUUACGUUUCUAUAUCAAAUGUCGGGGAGAGCCAAUUAGAUGCAUCCAGGUCACAGUUUCAGUAUUUCCAGCGGAAGAGAAGAUGGCUGCUGCGAGGAACGGCAAGAGUGGGCUGCUGGAGAAAUGGAGAAUCGACGAAAAACCGGUGAAAAUAGAUAAAUGGGACGGAGCUGCGGUGAAGAACUCUCUGGAUGAUGCUGCUAAGAAGGUGCUCUUAGAGAAGUUCGGUUACGUCGAGAACUUUAGGCUGGUUGACGGCCGGCUGUUGAUCUGCACCGUUUCCUGUCUGUUCGCCAUGUUGGCUCUGGUCUGGGACUACCUGCACCCCUUCCCCGAGUCCAGACCGGUCCUCGCCUGCUGCGUCAUCUCGUACUUCAUCAUGAUGGGCAUACUGACUCUGUACACCUCGUACAAAGAGAAGAACAUCUUCCUGGUGGCCCUGCAGAAAGAUCCAGCUGGAAUGGAUCCAGAUCACAUCUGGCAGCUCUCCUCCUCACUCAAAAGGUUCGAUGACCAGUACACUCUCAGAGUUUCCUUCACCGAUGGGAAGUCAAAGAACUGGAGGGAAGCGGAGUUCACCAAGUCUGUGUCGGCGUUCUUCGAUGAGAACGGGACGCUGGCGAUGGACCAGUUUGAAAAGUGUGUGUCUAAACUGCACGACACGCUGGCCACAGACAAGAAAACCAAAUAAUACUGAGACAACUCAUCGGCUUGUGAUUUUUCUUCCUUCCACGCAGCUCAUUGGGUUCAGUUUGACUUUAAGCGUCCAGUCAGAGUUGAGCUGAUUUGCUCAGAGGAUCUCUGGAGGAGGAAACCCUCCUGGUGGACUCGUCUGAAUCAUCAGGUCCUCCUUUUGUUUCGGGUCUCCAUCAGACACAAAAGAUUCUCUGAACUUUUCAGCAGAGCAGAUUCUUGACUGCAUCACGCUGGUGAUUUCACUCCGACAUAAACUCUGCUGAUGGAUUCUCUUCUUGUUAAUUCAUUUCCAUAGAAGUGAACUGAAACCAAUGAACUUUCUGAAAGGAAGGAAAUGAGCUGCUCCUGUUACCAAACGGCUGCGACGGGACGUCUUUUAUUUACAGUAGAUAUCAAAAUGUUUUCAUCUCAGCCACACAGUAAUUCUGUAGUCUGUACAGGAAAACAAAUCAUAAGUGCUGAUAUUCCUUAUUUUAUUUGACUUUUUCACCCGAGGAGCCCAACUGUUUGAACUUGUCGUCUUUCUGAUGUGUUUGUGUUUGUUUUAUUUGGUUUUCCCGAGUCGCCGUUGCUUGUUUGGCCUCGAGUCUUUCUUCAUUUUUUUAAAAUAAAACAUCACUGCAAACAUG